AUGUACAGUCAGUUGUUGCUAAUAUGUGGGGUUUUCGCUUUUUCUGAGGGAGUAGACCUGUCUUCACCCGAGGUGUUCGACGCUCAGUUCUACCUCAACAAUUACCCCGAUCUUCACAUCAGGCAUACAUCAGAGGCGGCUAAAGCUCACUGGCUGUCAACCGGUAUAGCACAGGGGAGACAGGGAUGUGGCAGUUUUCACUCAAAGCAGUAUGUCACCAGAUACCCUGAUUUGACCAGCGCUUUCCACACAGACUACACCUCGGUUAUACAGCACUACCUAACAAACGGUAUCCAUGAACAUCGACUCGGCUACAUCGACGGCGGAUACGAGGGAAGAUGGACAAUUUCAAAUGGCAAAGACCUGUUCAUCAGCGCUUCCAAACGCAUGGGUGGAGCUAUAGACAGUCUGGUUUGGAAUAACAAACAAAUGAUAAACAUGUAUGACCAUGGCCGGGAACUACAAAUGGCUUGUAAUUCUGAUACGUAUACGGAGUGUUAUAACCCUACAGAAGCUGGAGGAAGGGACGAUAGCAACCAUGCAACAACGCACACACAGAUUCAGUGGGUGAGGGCUCACAGUAACCUCUUAGAAUCCGAGGUACACCCUGCCUUUUGGUUGCGACCAGGAACACACGAGAAAAGAGCAGUGCAUAACAGUUGCAGCAGAGGAAGUCCAUCUUUGACUCAUCAGUCCACCUACUCUUAUCCAUUCUGGAAGCGCGUGGAAAUCGGUGUUCAUGGAAUGCCAAAUGCCGUGGAGUUUAUGUCCAAUUUCACCCUAGCCGGGGACUGGCCUCAAGACUUACGAUAUAUUCAGAUGGAAGCACCGACAGGUUACAUGCCUGGUGAGUUUACCACUGCUUAUAGAUUUAAUCCUAAAACAUUAUCUCUUGAGAGUCACGGAUCGAGUUUGGAACCCCCUGUUCUUUCCACACAAGACGGACAGUAUGCUAUGGGAGUGUACUCACCACCCGGCCAAGACAGCGACACGUUUAUGUACUAUGGCGUAUCUUUACGACUUGGAGGGACAUCAUUUACCGGAAGUACAAACAAAUGGAACGUCGUCUAUCGGAAGAGAAGGUUCACUUCCGGCGUGCAUCAUCAGAUAUAUAAAACCUAUAUUUGUGUAGGAACACUCAACAUGGUAACGACUUGUCUUCAUAAGCUGAUCCAAGAGAUCCCGCAUGUGUAA